CCAUCAGUAAAAAAAUGCCUGCAGUACAAAGUGGAACAGUAUUAGUUACCGGAGGAUCCGGUUUCAUUGGUGCUCACGUUGUUCGCACCCUCUUAAUUGAAGGUUUUCAUGUCAAAACUACAGUAAGAUCGACAGAGAAAGGUGAAUAUUUGAAGAAGAAGCUUUCAGACAUCAGCGGCGGUGGCGGUCAACUCGAAUAUGACAUCGUUGAAGACAUUGAAGCUCCUAAUGCAUUCGACGAAGCAGUCAAAGGUGUAGACGCAAUUCUCCACACUGCAUCACCAUUCCAUUUCAACUCCGAUGAUCCUAAUGAGCUUAUCGGCCCGGCUGUAGAGGGAACACUCAACUGCCUCAGAAGCGCACACAAGUUUAAUAAAGAUGUAAAGCGUAUUGUAGUCACCUCCUCAGUCGCCAGUGUUAUGACACCACGCGAUACUCCUACAACUUUCACCGAAGAAGACUGGAACACACACUCACCGAAGGAAAUCGAAGAAAAGGGCAAAGACGCUUCACGUUUGGACUUCUACAUGGCAUCCAAGACUUUGGCUGAACGUGCAGCUUGGAAAUUCGUAGAGGAGGUUAAACCAUCUUUCGAUUUAGCAACUGUCGAACCACCACUCGUUCUCGGUCCAUGCAUUCACGAAAUUCCAACAAAGGAAAAGCUUAACACAUCUAUUGCACGUUUCUACGAAUUAUUCAGCGGUGUCCUUAAAGACGCAACACCAGAAAAGCUUGUUGAACCAAUGUCUAACAUCGUUGACGUCAGAGAUGUUGCCAAUACACACCUUCUCGCGCUCACCUUCCCAAGCGCAUCUGGACAGAGAUUCAUCACCGCAUCUGACAGAGGUAUGGUCACAAACCAAGAUUUCGUUGAUGCUUUACACUCCCGUUUGGGCGAUAACGAAGCAGUUAAGAAGAAUGUACCAAUUGGUGAGCCAAACGCAGGUAAGAAGAUCAACAGACAUAGGUUCUCAAAUGAUAAGGCCAAGAACACGCUCAAGCAGACAUUCUUUUCACAAGAGCAAACUGCAGUUGAUACCUUCCUGUCUUUGCAAGAAUAUGAAAAACAAUGGAACUAAAUAAAGUGAAAUGUAUAGUCUAUUUAAU